UAAUCUCAGUUUGAUCAACAUUCCAAUAAUUAUUCAUUAAAAUAAUUUGAAUUUGACUGUCGGGAAGCUGCCAGAUUCAACCCCAUAAAUGUUGAAGAAGCUCAGAAGAAAUUUCAGAACAUUCAAAACCUUAAUCAGCAAGACCUUCAACAACUCUCAAUCUUCGUCUUCUUCACCAUCCAAACCAUAUAAAUUCCCUCCAUUGCCGCUUCCUCUGUCACCGUCGGAAAUGUCGUCGCCGUCGCAAUCAUUCCGGCAAUCAUUACCACCCGCCGUCGCCCCCUUUCCUCAAACCCAAUCCACCGUUCUUCCCGAUCCUUCAAAUUUCUUCGCUCCUCACCUUCUCUCCUCUCCCCUUCCCACAAAUUCCUUCUUCCAGAACUUCACCGUCAAAAAUGGCGAUCAGCCGGAAUACAUUCAUCCCUAUCUUAUUAAAUCCUCCCUCUCCGAAGUUUCAAUUUCAUACCCAUCGAUGUUCUCGAACACCGCUUUCGGAUAUCAGGUUUUCAAUGCCGAUUGGACCGUCUCUGAAAAUCCUGCCUCUGUUUCGCAAAAACCCCAUAUAAUAUCAUCGUUUAGUGAUCUCAGUCUCAUUCUUGAUACCCCCUCCGGUAAUCUCCGAUUCUUCCUCGUUCGUGGAAGCCCAUUUUUUACUUUCGAGGUUUUCAACAAUACCCCAAUUUCAAUCUCCACCAUUCAUGCGAUUCUCUCGUUUUCAUCCAAUAGUUCGCUGACGAAAUUCACUGUCACUCUCAACAACAACCAGACAUGGCUGAUUUACUCCUCGUCUCCGAUCAAUUUGACGCACAGCCUCUCGCAGAUUACUUCCGGUGGAUUCUCCGGCAUCGUUAGAAUUGCGGUUUUGCCGAGCCCACAUUUAGAAUCAAUCCUCGAUCGGUUCUGUUCUUGUUACCCUGUUUCAGGUGAGGUGAAUUUCAGAAACCCUUCUUCUUUGGAGUACAAAUGGGAGAAGAAUGGUUGGGGAAACUUGUUAAUGCUUGCACAUCCUCUUCAUCUUCGCUUACUCUCUAGCGAUGAUUCCGCCAUUGUUCUUGAUGAUUUCAAGUACAAGAGUAUCGACGGUGAUCUAGUCGGCGUCGUUGGUGGCUCGUGGGUUUUGAAACCUGACCCUGUUUCUAUAACAUGGCAUUCAAUCAAUGGCAUUGGAGAGGAAUUUCAAAGCGAAAUUAUCUCUGCGCUUGUGAAAGAUGUUGAGGGUUUGAAAUCUUCACCCAUUACAACAACAUCGUCUUAUUUCUAUGCGAAAGCGAUUGCGAGAGCUGCUAGGCUCGCAUUGAUUGCUGAGGAAGUGAAUUUUCUGCAGGUGAUUCCUGAAGUGAGGAAGUUUUUGAAGGAUGCUAUUGAGCCAUGGCUGCGUGGUACUUUCAAUGGCAAUGGAUUUCUUUAUGAUAGUAAAUGGGGUGGCCUUGUAACCCAACAAGGGGCUUCUGAUUCUGGUGCUGAUUUUGGAUUUGGUGUCUAUAAUGAUCACCAUUAUCAUAUUGGUUACUUUCUUUACGCCAUUGCUGUGCUGGUCAAGAUUGAUCCAGCUUGGGGAAGAAAGUUUAGGCCUCAAGCUUACUCUUUAAUGGCGGAUUUCAUGAACUUGAGUAGGAAAUCUAGCUCAAAGUUCCCACGUUUGAGAUGUUUUGACUUGUAUAAACUGCACUCUUGGGCUUCGGGGUUGACCGAAUUCGCCGACGGUCGGAAUCAAGAGAGCAGCAGUGAGGCUGUGAAUGCUUAUUACUCUGCAGCUUUGUUGGGGUUGGCUUAUGGAGAUACUCAUCUUGCUUCCAUUGGAUCAACACUAACAGCUUUGGAGAUCAAGGCAGCUCAAACAUGGUGGCAAAUCAGGGGAGGGGAGAAUCUUUAUGAGACUGAUUUCGCCAGAGAAAACAAGGUGGUUGGAGUGUUGUGGUCUAACAAAAGGGACAGUGGCUUGUGGUUUGCCCCUCCUGAUUGGAGAGAAUGUAGGCUUGGGAUUCAGCUGCUGCCUUUGUUGCCCAUCACUGAGGCUUUGUUCUCUGAUGCUGCCUUUGCCAAGGAGCUUGUGGAUUGGACAUUGCCUUCUUUGAGAAGGGAAGGAGUUGGGGAAGGAUGGAAGGGAUUUGCUUACGCCUUGCAGGGCAUUUACGAUAAAGACGGGGCGGUGCAAAAUAUCCGAAACUUGAAGGGGUUCGACGACGGGAACUCGCUCUCUAAUCUGUUGUGGUGGGUUCAUAGUCGAGGAGGAGGAGGUGAUGAGGGUGAAGGGCUUGGUGGUGGGUGGAAACAUUGGUGGUUUAGGCAGCCCAAAUCUCAGGUAAAAGGGAUUCUACUGGGCUCUGUGAAUUGGAUUAUGGCUUCUUCGCCUUCUCCGAGUGUUUCUCCUCCUGAGAAUCCGUCAGAUUCCGCAUUUUUUUCACCUCCUUCUCCUUCUCCUCCGGCGGAAUCCGCAAUAUCUCCGACAUCUUCUGAGCCUAAUCAGACCGGUGAACCUCCUUCUUCACCUUCUACUUCUUCAGCUCCACCUCCUCAAUCACCACCAGCUGAUGCUCCUCCUCCUUCUCCUCCACUGUCUCCUCCACCAUUGACAGCAUCACCACCUGUACCACCUGAAUCCCCACCUCCUCCACCACCACCUUCGCCUCCUUUAUCUUCGCCGUCGCCGCCACCACCUUCAACAUCAACCUCUGCACCACCACCUUCAACAUCAACCUCUCCUCCACCACCACCAACUUCCUCUGCAUCACCACCUCCUCCAGAUCAAUCCACUGCCUCUCCUCCUCGUGAUGCUUCACCUUCGCCUCCUGAUUUAACGAUGUCGCCGCCUCCACCACCUGCAGAUAAUUCUCCACCUCCUCAAUCUAAUCCUAGUCCUCCACCUUCAACUUCCUCUCCUCCUCCCCCUGACAUAACUUCAGCUUCUCCACCUCCACCUUCUAAGGCCCCAACACCACCUUCACCGACGGGAGAGUCGCCUAAUGUAUCUCCCCCAGCCCCCAAGGUUUCUCCUCCUCCUCCUGAUUCUCAAUCUCCACCAUCAGUUGAGGUCCCCCCACCAAGAUCCUCAGUUCCAUCACCUCCUCCUUCAGUCCCUUCAUCAUCUACUCCCCCUCCAGUUACUGUUCCUGGUUCUCCAUCUAAUUCAUCCGCUGAAGGCCCCAUUAGCCCUCCAACUUCUGGUAUACCCGAACGACCGAUUCCAACAAUGAAUGGUACUGACAUCACUGUAAAGAAAGGGGGUCUCAACAUCGUAACAUCUGUGGCAGUUGGCAGUGUGGUUGGUGUUCUAGUGCUGAGUCUUGUUAUCAUGGGUAUGUGGUUUGUUCUGAAACGGAAGAGAAGAAAGAAGAGUAUCCCUUACACCAUGCCUUCUCCUUUUUCCUCCCAAAACUCAGAUUCAAUUUUCUUAAGGCCCCAUUCUUCAGCUCCCAUGGCAGGCAGUCGUACCGAUAGUGAAUUCAAGUAUUCACCAUCUGAAGGAGGUGGAGUAGGUAAUUCAAGAUCAUUUCCUUAUGAAGAGCUACACCAGGCAACGAGUGGAUUUUCGUCGAAUAAUCUUUUGGGGGAAGGUGGAUUUGGUUGUGUGUACAAAGGCACCCUUGCAGAUGGAAGAGAGGUAGCCGUUAAACAACUUAAAGUGGGUGGUGGUCAGGGAGAACGAGAGUUCAGAGCCGAAGUUGAGAUUAUUAGCCGAGUACACCAUCGACAUUUGGUUUCCCUGGUCGGUUACUGUAUUUCUGAUCAUCAAAGAUUGCUCGUCUAUGAUUAUGUUCCAAACAAUACCCUUCAUUACCAUCUGCACGAUGCGAACAGGCCGGUGUUGGCUUGGGCUACACGUGUUCGAAUCGCUGCUGGUGCAGCCCGUGGAAUUGCUUACCUACAUGAAGAUUGCCAUCCACGCAUUAUUCACAGGGAUAUUAAAUCGUCUAACAUUCUGCUCGAUAUCAACUUCGAAGCUCAGGUUGCAGAUUUUGGGCUUGCUAAAUUGGCGCUGGAUUCGCAUACACAUGUAACGACUCGUGUAAUGGGAACCUUUGGAUACAUGGCUCCAGAAUACGCAACAAGUGGAAAAUUGACAGACAAAUCUGAUGUUUUCUCUUUUGGGGUUGUACUUUUGGAGUUAAUUACCGGUCGCAAGCCUGUAGAUUCUUCUCAGCCUUUAGGGGACGAGAGCUUAGUCGAAUGGGCUCGACCGUUGCUAGCACAAGCUAUCGAGGACGAGAAUUUUGAAGAACUGGUGGAUCCAAGGCUAGAGAACAGUUACGUUGACAGAGAAAUGUUUCGGAUGAUCGAAGCAGCCGCUGCUUGCGUUCGCCAUUCGGGAGUAAAGAGGCCAAGAAUGAGUCAGGUGGUGAGAGCUCUAGACUCAUUGGAUGAAAUGUCUGAUCUCGCAAAUGGGGUGAAGCCUGGACAAAGUGGAGUGUUUGAUUCAGCUGAACAUUCUGCUCAGAUCAGAAUGUUUCAAAGAAUGGCUUUUGGGAGUCAAGAUUACAGUUAUGGUUACUCGGAUCGAGAUCGAAGUCGGAGUUACAGUCAAACUCCGAGUAGCUGGAGUAGAGAAUCCAGAGAUCAAAGCCCCUCGGCACCUAUGAAUCGAUCCCGACAAUGGAACAUCUGAAUUUGGAGGUGGAAUCAGGUUCAAUUCCUUGUAAAUCUCUGCUCAAAUUUUCCCAUUACAAUUUUAUUCUGUUAAUGUGCUCCUCUCUCUGGUAACAAGGUUUUGACAUGAUAAAAGCUUGGUAUUUUGAGGAGUAACUGUACUAUUCUUUGUACACUACUUACUAUUCUUUGUGGCAAGUAAUUGAAUUUUGAAGCCUAUGAAUUUACUUGCCCA